AUGUCUCGUCAUUUCAUCUCUGUUAUCUCUACAAGUGAUACGGAUUUAAUACACUGGUUUAAGAUAUUACAAAAAAAAUCCCUCACUCCUGAACCAAUUAUCAAUUACAUGUUAAGACAAUUCCCAUGGCAAGCCGCUCUUUACUUGACACUUACAACUGGUGGUACCUCCUUCUGUGGUGGUGCUUUGAUCAGCUCCACCUGGAUUUUGACAGCAGCCCAUUGCGUCCAAGGAGUUACCGCAGUCACUGCCUAUUUGGGCGUGGUUUCUUUGAGCGACACCUCCCGUGUUACCGCCCAAGCCAGCAGAGCCGUGGUACAUCCCAGUUACUCUUCGACCACACUGGCUAACGACAUCGCUCUCCUGCAACUCUCCACGUCUGUGUCUUCGUCUUCGUACAUCUCGACGAUCUCUCUGGCCACCAGUACUCUUGGAACCGGCGUUUCUGUCACCGUGAGCGGUUGGGAAAGAACCAGCGACAGUAAGUCCUGGGUACUUUAG